AUGGGCACCCUUGACGCAAGAGCAGACUGGGAGAGCGUAGGGGAUAAGUGGUUUCGCAAGACCCAGCAGUACACCGAGGUGUUCGAUGAGGAUUUAGAUCUUGACAAUUAUCUCGUUGCUGGGGCCCCAUACGCCGGCGCAUUAGCUUUAUGGCGUGACGACUCAAAGUUGCACUUGUUUCAGCCUGGGAGAUCUACGAAGUCUGAAAUUGAUAUUUACAGCUUGGCGGGAAAGAAACUUCGCUCCAUUCCUUGGGACAAGAGCCGCAUCAAAGGGCUGGGCUGGUCGGAAGACGAGUCUUUAUUGGUGGUAACAGCUGACGGCAAUGUACGAUGCUAUGAUUUGCAAGGCGAUUUCAGUAAUUUUUCGCUAGGCCAUGGCGCAGACAAUUAUGGCGUCGAAUCAUGCCGGUUUUACGACAACGGCAUGGUAGCCUUGCUGGGCAAUAACUCCUUGGUCACAGUGUCUUCAUACGCAGAACCACGUCCAAGGCUUUUGGCAACCACACCCGAAGCUGAGAUCCACUCCUGGGCAAUCAUAUCACCAGACCACACCUUGUCCCGGUCUGUUGAAGUUCUCCUGAGCAUUGGUUCUACAGUAUACGUGGUAGAUGCGACAGACUGUGAAGAUCGCUUUGUUGACAGUGGCCCCUUUAGCCACAUCAGCGUCUCUCCAGAUGGUCGAUACGUCAACUUGUAUUCAAAGACGGGAACAGCACACGUCAUCACAAGCGACUUCCAAGAACCACUCUUUGAACAUAAUUCCGACUCGCAAACACCGCCAAAAUACGUCGAAUGGUGUGGAACAGAUGCACUGAUUGCAUGGGAAGACGAAGUACAUGUGAUAGGUCCUGGUGAUCAGUCACUAUCUUACAUCUACGAUAGUACCCGAGUACAUGUUAUUUCUGAGUAUGAUGGUGCGCGACUUAUUACAAACGACUUUUGCGAAUUUCUGGAGAGAAUACCGACGGAUACGCUGGACGUUUUUGGCCAUGCAUCUGAAUCUUCACCUGCCUCCAUUCUUUUAGACGCUGUUGGCCAACUGGAACUUGAAUCACCCAAAGCAGAUGACUAUAUUCAACUCAUCCGUGCGAAUCUUACUGAAGCAGUCGACACGUGCGUUAAUGCGGCGGGCCGGGAAUUUAACAUAAAAUGGCAAAAACGGCUUCUGAAGGCAGCUUCAUUCGGCAAGUCAGUUCUGGAUAUUUACAACAGCGAUGACUUUGUGGACAUGUGCGAGACAUUGCGAGUCUUGAAUGCAAUACGUGAUUUCAACGUUGGGAUGCCUCUGUCUUUCGAACAAUAUCAUCGUCUGACGCCGGAGAAAAUGAUUCAACGCCUUCUUCAAAGACACGAUUAUCUUCUUGCAUUGAAGAUCGCUGGCUACCUGAAAUUGCCCACGGACCGCAUAUACGUACACUGGGCAUCUACGAAGGUACGAAAUGGAGCCGAAAAUGACGACACGAUCUGUCGACUGGUAGUUCAGAGACUGUCCGGCAAACCAGGAAUCUCGUUUGAGGAGAUUGCAAGGACAGCGUAUCAUGAAGGUCGUGGCCGCUUAGCAACGGAACUUCUGAAUCAUGAACCACGAGGGGGAAGACAAGUACCUCUCUUAUUGGACAUGGAGGAGGAUGAGCUUGCACUGGACAAAGCCAUUGAGAGCGGAGAUAGCGAUUUGAUCCUGUCUGUGCUGCUGAAAUUAAAGAAGAAGCUGCCACUUGCAUCGUUUUUCCGUGUGAUUAACUCUCGACCAACGGCAUCGGCAAUGGUAGAAGCAUUAGCGAUUGCCGAAGGCGACAACAGCGUUCUCAAGGAUCUGUAUUACCAAGACGACCGCCGAGCGGACGGAGCAAAUGUGUUUAUCCGCGAAUCGUUACAGCAACCAGAUGCUCGCACCGCUUCGGAUAAGCUGGCAUUGGCGGCCAAACUGCUUUCUGAUUCCAAAGAGCAUCUGCCAGAGCUGUACUCGUUGAAGGAGACGACGACUUUGCUUCGAAUGCAAGAGUCUUUAGAUCGAGACUUGAGUGAUUCCUUCUUGGGACUGAGCGUCAACGAAACCAUGUUUAAGCUUAUUCGACUAGGCUAUAAUGGCCGCGCGAAGAAGAUUCAGAGCGAAUUCAAAGUUUCAGAGAAGGUUGCGUGGUGGGUUCGGUACGUUGAUCACUCACGAGAUUUGCCGAUCGGCCAUUUGUUUUGUCUCUGCUCUAAGGAUGUAACACUUCACUAA